AUGCUCAUUGUGCAGUAUUUGCACAAAGUACUCGCUCUUGUUGUUUGUUGGGCAGCUGUACAGAACGAGCAUGUUAUUUCCAGCAAAUGGUGCCACUGUGCUGCCACGCCAGAUUCUCUUUUGGGGUGGUUUGACAGGUUCAGAGUUUUUUCACUUAGUAUUUGUUCAAAAUCUGAAAGCCCACAAAAAACAAUUCAAAAGUUCAACCCCAAAGGCUGGACCUACCCGUUCCAUCAAGAAAUAGCCCGAUCAAACAGGAAAAUGGAAGUACAACUCGACAAGGACGAUUCCAGUAGCUGGAGCGUCGACCAGCACGACCGUCGGGAGCGGGUCCGCUUCGGCUGGGGUUCGCGCGCCAGAGGUGGGCCCCACUAUUUUUACUGCGGUGAGGCCGGCCACCGUCAGUCAGCCUGUCCCCACCGCAACGGCUCUCGGGCUCUGCUGGCGGAUGACUUUGACGGCUCGGCAAAGGCUACUUAUGAUGGACUGCCGAAGUUUGAUGUCGAGUCAGACCCGGAGGAGGAACAUCUGUGUGGCGACGAGGGCCUUGCUUUGGUUCUUCACCGCUCGUGUUUGACACCUCGAGUUUCUGACACUACUGAUACUUGCACAAAGUACUCGCUCUUGUUGUUUGUUGGGCAGCUGUACAGAACGAGCAUGUUAUUUCCGGCAAAUGGUGCCACUGUGCUGCCACGCCAGAUUCUCUUUUGGGGUGGUUUGACAGCUGUACAGAACGAGCAUGUUAUAUCCGGCAAAUGGUGCCACUGUGCUGCCACGCCAGAUUCUCUUUUGGGGUGGUUUGACAGCCUACCCGUUCCAUCAAGAAAUAGCCCGAUCAAACAGGAAAAUGGAAGUAGUGUUUCUGCAUGGGCAAACCUUAGUCUGGCCAAUUCAUAG